AUGCUUCGCAGCCCUCCGCGGCCCCGGCCCGACCCGCCGCCCCCCAAGACCCCCUUCCACAUCGAAGCUCUCCUCGCCCGGGACCCGCCGCCCCGCCGCCCCGUCGCCGCCCCCGUCCCGCCGCCCCCGCCGCGCUGCCCCCCGGCCGGGCCGGGCCCCAUCCCCGGCAGCUGGGGCUGGGGCUGGGGCUGGGGGGGUGCAGGUCUGGAGUUGUCUCACUACGUAGGGGCCAACUCGUUGGGCCCUGCUGGGCCCUGGAGGUCUGGAGGGCCCUGCAAGAUGAAGAGAGUCCGCACAGUCUUCAAACCAGAGCAGCUGGAGCGGCUGGAGAAAGAGUUCCUCAAGCAGCAGUACAUGGUGGGCACGGAGAGAGUCGACUUGGCAGCAACCCUGCAUCUCACAGAGACUCAGGUGAAAGUCUGGUUCCAGAACCGGAGGAUCAAAUGGAGGAAGCAGAGCAUGGAGCAGAAGGCAGCAAAGCUGUCCCAGUUUGGGGUGAUCCAGCCCGCCAGCGCGGACUCGACGGACAUCAAGGACCACGAGGAGGACCCUGUGGACGUUGAGCUUUGA